UCCAGAUUAUCCAGCUGUUUGAUCUGGGCACUGAAUGAACUCAAAUUUUCAACUUCACUUUAGUCACUGGAAACUGAGGCUGGGGUGCCACUGGAAACUUCUGGACUGCCACAGUGGAUACAGACCCACUGAUCACUUCUGGAGUAUCUGUGGAACAAAUGCAGUGAUUUAUUUUUUAUUUUUUAUUUUUUAUUCAUAUUCAGAGACGCUCAGUCCCAUUUAAUGAUGUCUGCAGCGUGUUAAUGUGCCUCAAAGACUGCUGUUUAUCUGCAGAGCUCAUCUGGCCUUGUUCGAGAGCUCCUGUCAAGGUCCUCUUAUUCGUAAAACGUGUUGAAUUGGAAGAGGAGUUCUGUGAGGAAAAAUGCCGGCUGCCAUCGGUGGUGCUCAAGGAUACACACCACCUGAAGGUGGCUGGGGAUGGAUGGUGGUGAUUGGGGCUUUCAUUUCUAUCGGUUUCUCCUAUGCAUUUCCAAAGUCCAUCACAGUCUUCUUCAAAGAGAUUGAGGUGAUCUUCAAUGUGACCAGCAGCCAGGUGUCCUGGAUCUCCUCCAUCAUGUUAGCAGUCAUGUACGGCGGAGGUCCUAUCAGCAGCAUCCUGGUUAAUAAAUAUGGGAGUCGUCCUGUUAUGAUGGCAGGAGGAUGCCUGUCUGCAUUGGGCCUUGUUUCUGCCUCUUUCUGCAAUUCCGUUGAAGCUCUGUACUUCUGUAUUGGUGUGGUGGGAGGUUUGGGAUUAGCCUUCAACCUCAACCCAGCCCUCACCAUGAUUGGAAAGUACUUCUACAAGAGGCGGCCUAUUGCUAAUGGGAUUGCCAUGGCUGGCAGCCCGGUCUUUCUAUCCACUCUGGCGCCUUUAAACACCUGGCUCUUUGACCAGUUUGGCUGGAGAGGAAGUUUCAUGAUUCUCGGUGGCCUGGUCUUCAAUUGCUGUGUUGCUGGUUCCCUUAUGCGGCCUAUAGGACCAAAACCCAAACCUGCAGAGAAGACCACAGAGAGGAGGACUGUUUUGCAGACCAUUAACAGCUUCAUUGACCUCUCUUUGUUCAAGCACCGUGGCUUUUUACUUUACAUUGUGGGCAAUAUUAUCAUGUUGUUUGGCCUCUUUGCACCACUGGUGUUCCUCAGUAAUUAUGCCAAGAGUAAAGAUAUCCCUAAAGAAAAGGCAGCUUUCUUACUGUCUGUGCUGGCUUUUGUGGACAUGGUUGCCCGGCCCUCAAUGGGCAUUGUGGCUAACACCAAAUGGGUGCGGCCCAGAGUACAGUACUUCUUUGCUGCCUCUGUGCUGUACAACGGUGUGUGCCACGUUCUAGCUCCAUUAUCAGUAGACUACAAAGGCUUUGUUAUUUAUGCAAUCUUCUUUGGGUUUGCGUUUGGCUGGCUAAGUUCAGUGCUUUUUGAGACCUUAAUGGACCUGGUGGGAGCUCAGCGCUUCUCCAGUGCUGUUGGGCUGGUCACAAUUGUGGAGUGUGGUCCGGUAUUGUUGGGGCCCCCUUUGCUUGGGAAGUUCAAAGACAUCUAUCACGAUUACAAGUACACCUACCAGGGCUGUGGGAUCCUCCUCAUCGUCUCCAGUUUCUUCCUGUUUGCAGGGAUGGGACUCAACUAUCGACUGCUGGAAAAAGAGAAAAAAGAGGAGGAGAGGAGCGCCAGGGUGGGAGGUAGAGAACAAAAGUACAAAAGGGACAACGCUGCCAAGGAAGUGGCAGAGGCUAGAAACACAGAAGACACUGUCUAACAUCCUGUACAAUGUUAAGUUACAUUUUUGUUCAAUUUAAUGUUGUCUGUGAGAUGUAUAUUCAUGAAAAACAGAUGCUUGUGUGAAACAGUAUGGAUAAACAUUAUUCUGUUUCAUUUGUGACUCCUCUUCUGUUUCAUAAUGCAUUGUUUUUUAGAGACCAAUCAUUUGCAAUUCGAUGUAAAAUAUUUACACACCUAUUUACACACCGAUUAAAUCCCUUUAAAUUCCAAUGAACAAUCCCAAAUAAAUAACUUUAAUAUUCUUAUAGGGACUGGUAUAUGUGUUUGGUAGACUAUUCAAGUUUGCUUAGCUUUUUACGUCACUACUUUUUAGUCUCAGAUGGUAUCACUAUAGCUCUUCUGUAACUUUACUGAAGCACAUUAUAUAUAGUAUAUUAACCUUCUAAAUUGUGCCCUCAGAUUAUGCAGACUGCAAACAUUCUCUGUAAAAGUGCAUAAUUAUAGUAUUCACCUCACUUUGCUUGUCACACCGUCUAUCAAACACUUUUAUAAAGAAUUUCCCCUGUUUACCAGGAACCGAGAGCACUGUGCAGUUUUUGAAGGUUUGAAAACAUCAUCGGUGCCACCGUUGUAUAUUCCUCAAAUAUAUUCAUACUUAUUCUCGAUUUCUCUUUGAAACAUGUUUUCCUGGUCCAUUUUUGAUGAUGGAUGAUGGGAAUUAUCAGUAGUUCUGAGGGAAUUAAACCUUGUUGCAUAGCUUUGUGUAUUCACAUGAUGGGAAAAUGUGUCACUGACUACAAGUUACUAUAUAUGAAACACAUGUCAGAAAAAUCAAAUAAA